UGAAGGCAUCCUUUUGUCACGGCUGUUUUGAGUGUAGGUGCUUUCUUGUUUCCCUCUUUCUCACUUCUUACUUUUCACUAUGCUUUCGGAAAUUAUUUUCCUUAGUUUUUUCUAUAUUCAUUGGUUACAGUUGCUAUUUUACGGUGAAAUAACAUGUCUCUAAUGAUGACUAUAUUAUUCUAAGUAAUUUGGCGAACAACAGCUACGCGGACAUCAUUUUCGCACCGAAAUUCUCUAUUGUCAACAUUUAGACGUGCUAGUUAAAUUACAAUUUCAUUGUACUUAGCUACCAUAGAGUACCGUGAAAGUAGCUUAGACUAUCGGCUCAAGUACAUUUUUCAAGAUUUGCCUCUAGAAUAUGUUUUUUUUUUCUAUUACUUUUUUUUAUCUUUCCCUGUACAAAUUUAACGGUCUGAUUAAUCUCAUAGUUGUCCUUUUUCCUUUUUUUUUAUCUCGUCGACACCUGAAAGGCAGCUUAUAGAAAGGAGAAGGUACUUAGUGUACUGCACAAGACACACGGAAUUCGGGCGAAAUCGCCAGCGGCUCUUUCAAGCACUUCUGUUCAAAUUUCAAUUUAAAGAUUUCUACGUCACACGCUGCCAUAUGAAAAUGAACUUUUCGAUUGAGAGCAGCAUUUUCAUGAAGUCUUGAGGUCAACUCAAAAAGGGAGUUUGUUAUGGAAGAAUAUAUGUGUUUUUACCUUAGGGCGUUUGUUUCGGGCUACUAGACUGCGUGCCAAUCUCGUUCAUUUCCUCUGAACAGGCUUCCCCGUCGCUUCGCGAUUGAUAACGCAAAUGUAUUUUAUUGGGUUAGGCACUUUAGGAAAAUUCCAUGGUUGUUUUUACGUUUAUCGCUAAAUUUACGGAAAUGAGAUGUUCGCGAGGCUCGAUAUAUACUUUAUGUCUAUUUCUGUUAUUUUUUUAACCAAACCUAACAUUGCAUAUUUGUAUAACAAUCUAAAGAGAUUUAUUGACAUUUACUCACUUGCAAAGGUCGAAUGGGAUAUAGAAUGGCGGUUUGCUAGUGACUCGACUUAUAUCAGGCCCUCCAAGCCUUUUGUGCAAAAUCAGUUUACCUCAUUUCUUUUAAAUUGCUAUCGAUUUUUUUCUUUUUAUAAAUAACAUUAAAUGGAGAAAACACACUCCCAUUCUCAACGAAAAAUAGUUCCUUCAUUAAUAUAAUUGGUUUUUCACUCAAAUGAUCUUUUUUAACCUAGAAAAAAUACAGUGGGAAGGAUGAAUGACUGGUCAUAAGUUUCUGUUAAACGUGACAUAGCCCUGAGAAUUCUUUUCAAGGCUCAGGCUUUAUCUCGGAUUAUCCGUAUGCGAACUUACAAGCUCUUAUUACGCCGAUCACAGUGCGUAUUCCUCGGAAAUCUUGCUAUGGGUUCACGGAUCCAACUCUUAGGAACAAAUGGAAACAAUUUCAAGCUUUCCCGGCAAUCCUGGUAAAAAGAGGUAUUUGUACCCACCAACUUUUUUGUGAUUUAAGUACAUUUCUGUACAACACAAGUACCGGUUUACACAGAAGUUCAGAUGCUAGUUUACCGAAUGCGUCUCAAUUUUCUAGUUUAACUAAAUGGACUAUUCUUCUUAUCUUUCUUUCUCAAUCUCCAUCCUUGUCGAAUCUAGAGUAGUAAAGUGAAUAAAAAUUACACGUGUUUUUAUAUUUUAAUUAACAAGUUUCGAAUAAACCUCUUCACCUUCAGUAUCAAAUAUCGGACAAUGAACACCGGUGAAAACGUACGUUUUUUGAACAGUGGUGACAAGAAAAACGAUGAAGUGGAAGUGGAAUAAAUCUUAAUUCAAAGUCUGCCCUGAAGAAGUCUUAUAAAAAAAGAAAAUUUGGCAGAGUCGAUUUCCAGUUUUUGGUGUUUUGUUUUCAUUGUUCUGGUACGAGAUCGCGACAGUUUGGGCUUUUUGGUUUAAUUCAAAGGGGAGUAUACUUAGAGAAAAUCUCGAAAUUCAAAAGUCGCAGCAUUAGACAUAUUGGAUAUCUCAGCCUUACCUUAUUACAUAGCAAAUGCAAAACUCUCUAAAUUGUCACUGAUAGGUAAAGAAAUGUUACACGAGUUCGACUAGACGGAGAUCAUCUUGGAUUAUACAAAAUUUGGGAAAUAAUGGCGUGUUUAUUUUGUGUGCGCUCGUUUUAGAAUAUGGCAAUUUAUAUAUGAUUUUGUAUAAGGAUAUAACAUUUUUUUCGGAUUUGUUUCUGCCCAGGAUUUUCUAGGCCAACUUUGUACGUGUGAUAUUAACGUUAUUUAUUUUGCAUGUGUGUAAUAUGAAUGUAGUUUGCGUAAUUUUUUUCCCUUCAUGCUCAGCGGUACCCCUCUUUUGAGUCAUUUAUUACUCCAUUUCAAUGCAAACAACCUGCCCUUUGCGAAGCCCUGUGGUUGUGUUGAAUUCUAAAUCACUACAAAGUUUUUAGAGCGGAAAUUAGCAGGGAAAUAGCUUUUAAACUAAACGUAAAUGAAACUAUACAGGCUUAUAAUUGACUUUGCGAUCAAAGGCAAUUACAUCGGUCAAACAGAAAGUUUUCGAAGGUAAUUUAUUCAAUCUUUCUAGACGAAUUUAUGAACAGAGACAUUACGGACAGUAAGUAAAUAAGACGUAGAAGGAAGGCUGGAGGCUUUAAAGGCCUGUCAAUCAUUGGGUACGAGUCAAAGAUGAACUCGACACUGCCAGAAAACAGUACCGAGAUAGCAACAGCUGUCCCUUACUACCCGGAAUACUACCAAGAGCCUUACGAAUCAAAGGUGGUUCGCUAUGUGAUUAAUGCUCUGUUGUUUUUGUUUGCCAUUGUGGGUAACAUAACAGUAUGUCUGGUGCCUGUAAGACACCGGAGGAUGCGGACGUUCACUUAUUAUCUCAUCACAAACCUUGCUGUAUCUGAUAUCUUCACCAUGCUGUGUCUGCCGCCGCUUCUUGUCUAUGAAUUUCAAGGUUCUUGGAAUAUGGGUAGCGUGAUGUGCAAGUUGGUGAACCCGGCGCUAACCAUGUUCGGACUUGUAACCACGAACACGCUCGUCGCGAUCGCCAUUGACCGCUUUAUCGCUCUCGUGUUCCCAUUCACACGACGCCCCGAGCGCAAGGAGACAAUCCUCGUCGUCUCGUUGUCCUGGUUGGUGGCAUUCGCGAGCGUCUUGCCGUCAUUUGGCGCCCGCACGCUCGUCGAGCGUGCUCCUGCGGUAGUAUACUGCGAAGAAAUAUUUCCAGGAAAAACCCCAGAAGAAAAGCAGGUUUUCGCGAAAGGGUAUUCUAUAUUUCUGUACCUGUUAAAUAACGCGCUGCCAAUUCUCAUCAUAUCGUGCCUUUACAUAAUAAUCAUACUAAAGCUCAAAGGGAUCUCACUGCUAUCCGUCUUCAAGAGAAAGUCGUCAAACACGGAAGACGGUCUCAUGUCGCGCUCGUCCUCCGCGCCGAUAACCAGCGACUCCGUCUACGAGAAACAGAAACACGAUCGCGAGAAGAAGUUUACACAGAUGCUUCUGUCGGUGGUGGUGGUGUUCAUUUUAUGUUAUGUCCCCGUGCAGACGUUCUUCUUGACUGCAACUCUCAGCCCACAAGUGCUGAACUGGAAAUACACGCAAAUCAUCUAUAUCUAUCUUUAUCUGAUGAUGUGGUUCCCUAACGCUCUCAACCCGCUCUUGUACGGAUCCAUGAAUGACCACUACGCCAAGGCCUUUAAGAUUCUUCUGCGUUGCACCUCCAAGAGUCGCUUUAAUCACUCUACGUUUAACCACUCUUGCGGGCCGUCAUAUGGACAUCCAAAUCGCGUGAAUAAUCAAACUGUGUUCGCCUCAGUAAAGGAUUCAAGCCUAUAACCAUCAAAUAGAUAUACGGGUCUUUAGGCAAGGUAUGGAAAUCUUUGGGAAUUUGUUACUUCUGGGACAGGACUUGUGUUCCAGGAAAUAUUUCUGAAGUGUGCGUAGAAUGCAUUGCGACUAGAAAAGAGCUUGAAUAUGGCUUUGCCAUAAUGUGCCAUUCUCCAAGGCUGUAUCCCAGUUUCCAGGAACGUCACAAUUUCUUGGAAUUUUUCUUGAGAACACUUAAAAGGUUGAAGGCAAUCAAUCAAGACAAUAGGGAAACUGCGGGGUUGUAUAUUUGCUUAUGUCGGCGAAGAAUAUAAAUGAAAUAGUUCGAAAACAUUUACAAAUCGUUAUUUUAAAGAGUCGUAAAUCCUUAUGUCUGUAUAAUUCUAACCAGCAGUGUGGUAUAGAGAUAUAAUAACAACGGCGUCAUAGUGUACACUCUUUUUUUUAUGAGAACGUCUCAUUUUCAGUCCAGAACGCAUCACGACUAAAAAAAUAAAAAAAUCUGCUACCUGAGCCUCGGCAUGUUCUUGAAAUUUGGUGAAAUUUCAGGCUGGACGUUAUUAUAAAAAGAGUGUAACAAGUUCACGUAUUUCUGGAAUACCCAACGUACUCAGCGGUCACUCAAGAUCGUUAGAUUCUAAAGAAUGAGUCGCGAUUUUACACGAACUCUGCGCUUGACAUAAAUUAACCAAGCUAAGAUAACAGUUAACAUCUUUUUUAAUCAAUUAAUGAAUCGUUUAAUUAAUUAAUUAAAAUGAUGGUAAAUGUCAUAUAAUGUAAAUACUUUAUCAACCGCCAAUCUCUCGGGUUUUCUCAGAAGGUCCAUAAAUAUAUGUGUUUAUAUUGGCAUAGCGCAGAACUCAAAUGUAGCGCAAACAUUCCCUCUGCUAGCAUUCUUUUAUUCUUUUCUGGAGCAGGCUCCUUAGUUUUGGCGGUAAAUAUAAAGAAGCAAGAUUAUUAUAUUAUUGAAUAGCAUCAUUCAAAAUAGGCCCUUCCUCCUGUUACAUUUUAUGAGAAUUUGAAAGAAAUCUUGGAAAUCAUCUUUCUACUUGCACUGUGUGGUAAGCUUUUUCCGUCUGUCUUUAAAAACCUCUGACAGCCGCCAUUUUGUCACCUUAACAAAGUACCGAGUGUGAAAAAGUAUCCAUUUCCAUCGCUUGAUUUGGGGAAGCCAUUGCGAUAUUUUUAGUUGAUAAAAUAUUCAUGUUUGUUUUUAGAUGGUUAUUUUGAGAUUUUAUCACAUUUUGUGCCUUCCAACAUUAAAUGAAAACAAAAAAGGUGUGACUGACAAGGGCUCUUAACGCCCCGUGCAAUCAGCGUCUACAUGCCCUAGCAGUAUAGUCGAUAGGCAAAGUAUAUGUUGGUGAACUUCUGCUUUGCAGCACAGGAUUGUCCUUUUUAUUUUAUUUUUUUUCCUCUGUUUGCACGAGGCUUCAGGAUCGGGGAAAAGAUGCACAGUAAAAGUAUUAUACUGGUUCAUAAGGUGACAUUCGAAUGAAGCACAGAUAUCCGAAAAAUUUUUCCCCCACAAAUAUUUUUUGCGGAUGCGAAAAUUUCCGCGUCCACACGCAGCGUAUUCGAAUCGGUUUUAGCCGUCCACAUAUAUCCGGGAAUUUAUGAAAGGGCAAUUUUUUUUUUACGAAUCCGGCCCUCUUCCACACGUAUCCAGCGUAAUUUCCGGCCGUAUUCAAUAGAAUGACGUAAGUGUUUCCAAAUUUUUCCGGAUACGACCGUCCACAUGUAGCCUGAACCUGAACCUGCGUAGCAAGCGUUUCUGUGGAGUUUAAACGGAAAUAAAGAACAAAACCCCGCGAAGAAUGGGGAGAGAGAAGGAAACCUUCUUCCCCCUCCCCCUUUCCUUUUUCUGCUCUCAUCCCAUUCUUCGUGAAACGCUUGCUACGCAGGCGACAUGAAUACCUAUAAGUAUCGGGGAAAAAUCCACUCUGGAAAGCAUUUUCACAAAUUUCCGGAUACGUGUGGACGGGGUCUUGGUGAAAACAUCUACAAAACCAUAUCUAAACAACUACACGACUCAAAACAAAAAAGCAGGCUUUUUUCUUACGUCGUUUUAUUACUUUGGGACCCCUAUAACUCGGACUUAGAGACUAGUUUUAGUCAUAUAUACUCGGAUAACAAACCCCGCCCUAUCUUUUGUUUCCCUUGAGGAUUCGAGUUAACGGGGUUGUAGUGCAUAAUUCUUGUAGUCGGCGCUCACAUGUCGUGAUUGUGCUAAUGUAAACCAGGUUUAGUGGUUGUCAUGACAAUCUUUAUAUCGCUUGGGCAUUACAUAAAAAGGAGGGACCGGGUUGUGUUCUAGAAUGAAGCAAUUUUAAAUAAACGAAAAAAUAAAGCAAUACUAAUAAAA